AUGGAAGAGAUCUAUGCUGGUAUUCCUUAUGGUAGAGAUCUUAUGUUAAACCGUCAAUAUAGCAGUGAUACAGAUGUUAAAGAUAACGGAGACGAACCCUUGCGAACCAGUAAUAGGAAUCGGUGCUUUGCUAUAGCUGAUAUUGGUAUUAUACCCUUGGCAUUCCGUUUGUUCACGGACGAUUCUUGGGCUAAGCAACUCCAGAAGGAGGAGGAUAAGCGAAAGAAGGAGGAGAAAACUGGUGGUAUUGCGGAAGCUCAUCUCGUUGACGGAGAGCUCAGGUUCGAAGACGAUGAGGAAGAAGCUAAGAAAGAAUGUGAUCCGAAACUAAAGGAAGGUGAUCUCCUUCCCCCAGACCUUGGUGACAUAUUCCGAACAGACUACUACGGUAAACCGCUUGAGGAGAUCGAUCGGUUUAUCAAAGACAAGACUUUCAUUGCAAUAGCACCAAGAUUUGGUAAGAAGUUCAUCUACAGGUUCACUUCUACUAAGGCUUUCUACGUCCUUCCACCAUGGAACCCAGUACGGAAGCUAGCCGUGUACAUAGCCACCAAUCAAUACUUUGAUUACCUAGUCAUCACCACCAUUCUUUUGAACUGUAUCUUUCUAGCCAUGCAUAAGUCACCCGCUGCUGAAACUGCAGAAUACGUUUUCCUAGGCAUCUACACCAUUGAGAUGAUUGUGAAAAACUUAGCUAGAGGUUUCAUCUUGUAUCGUUUCACAUAUCUACGAGAUCCUUGGAACUGGCUAGAUUUUAUUGUCAUAGUUUCUGCAUACAUUACAAUAAUGAUACAAGCUGCAUCGCCGGGAGGAGGUACAGCAAAUCUCCAGGGUCUGCGUACAUUCCGAGUCUUUAGGGCUCUAAAAACAGUUUCCAUAGUUCCAGGGUUAAAAACUAUUGUGAAUGCACUGCUGAGAGCUUUCAAGUUACUUCUAGAAGUGAUAAUGUUGACAACGUUUUGUCUGAUGGUGUUCGCUCUAUUUGGACUACAAAUCUACAAGGGAGUUCUGCGACAGAAGUGUGUGAUCAGUUUGCCAGAGUUUGUAGCAACCAGUUCCAUGAGUAUAGAGGCACAAUAUGAUGCUUGGGUCAAAAACACCUCAAACUGGUAUGAAUCAGAUGGUGACUACGUCAUAUGUGGUAAUGCCUCUGGCUCAGGCAAAUGUCCAGACAACUAUACCUGUUUGACAGACAUUGGUGAAAACCCUAACUUCGGCUACACCAACUUUGAUCACUUCGGCUGGGCCAUGCUGUCGUCUUUCCAGCUCAUUACACUCGACUUCUGGGAGGAUUGUUACAACAAGGUUAUACGAGCAGCCGGACCAUUCAAUGUGGCAUUCUUUAUCGUAGUCGUGUUCUUUGGUUCCUUCUACCUCAUCAACCUCAUGUUGGCGGUAGUGGCCAUGGCUUAUGAAGAAGAAGCUGUUACUACUGAAGCGGAAAGUGAGGAACAAGAAAAACAGAUAAAAGAAAAGGACCCAUUGAAAGAACUUGCAAAUGCGACAAAAGCAGCAGCUAAAUGGAAACCAGGGGGGAAAGAAAAAUCGGACCUUGGGGAAAAGGUUGAAAAACCUCCAGACACUGUACAGUCCAAUGGAAAACUGCCAGAGGGAGAUGCAGAAUCUGAGAAGAUUGCUGCAGUCAACGGCCAAACCCUGGUAAAAUAUGGCAAAGGGAGAAAACCUAUGGUGAAAAUGCCAAGCAAGGACAGCGGAUAUUCUGUACAGAGUUCACAAUCUGGAGGGAGUAAGGAGAAAGAUGGGGACACAACCAGCUGGGACAGUAUUGCCAAUAAAACUGCUGAUUCAGGUACAGGUUCUAUCAGUCAUGGUCUUCUUGGCGAUCUACCAGAACUUCCCUCCAACGCAAAAAGACAGAAUUUGGUCAAACAGCAAAGCACUGAUAAUAUAUCUUCCUCCGCAAUCCACCUGGAAAAAGCUGGCAAUGAGGAAUAUCCAGUAAAGAAGAAGAAAGUUGGACCAGAAAUUAUCCUGGCUUACGGUGAUGGUUAUAAACCUGAGCGUCAGAAAGGUCAGCUGAUAGACAGGAACUGUCCCUGUUGUACAGGAACAAGCAUCUACACCUAUUGGCUUUAUGUACAGAAUGGUGUUAUGGUGAUUGCAUCAGACCCCUUACUUGACCUGUUCAUUACGAUCUGUAUUGUUCUCAAUACUGUCUUCAUGGCAAUAGAACACCAUGGCAUGUCAGACGAGCUGAAGGAGGUGUUGCGUAUAGCUAAUUAUAUCUUUACCACCAUCUUUACCUUUGAAUGUGUGGUUAAGCUGACAGCUCUGAGCAAAUUUUACUUCAGCAAUGGUUGGAAUACAUUUGACUUUAUCAUAGUAAUAGCCAGUCUUGUAGAUCUUGGCCUGGAAGAUGUUGAUGGUCUCAGUGUUUUCCGAUCAUUCAGAUUGCUCAGAGUGUUCAAGCUAGCACAGUCUUGGCCAACCUUGAAACUGCUCCUGACCAUCAUCUUGAGUACUUUAGGAGCGCUGGGCUAUUUAACUAUAGUCCUGGUAAUUGUCAUCUAUAUCUUUGCUGUGAUUGGUCUGCAGCUGUUUUCUGAUUCCUACACAGAAUCUGUUUUUGGAGAAGAAAUACCCAGGUGGAAUUUCAGUGAUUUCUUCCAUGCUAUGUUGAUGGUGUUUCGUGUGCUGUGUGGAGAAUGGAUUGAGCCCCUAUGGGAUUGCAUGCGGGCAGCAGAUGAACUCUGCAUGGUUGUCUUCCUUCCAACUCUUGUGCUUGGCAACUUCAUUGUGUUGAAUCUCUUUCUUGCCCUUUUGCUGAAUGCAUUUGCAAGUGACACUCUGGAUCAAGAACCAAAUGAUGAGGACAAUCGACUCAAGUUGGCCAUUGCAAAGAUACGAAAAAUGUGUUGCUGUUGCUUGAAACCAAAGAGGUCAGCAUCUGUAGGACCAAAUGAUAAGGAGGAUGGGGAGGCCAGUACCACUACAGACAAAGAUAGCAAGGAUCCCAAGGCCAAACCUCAGGCUAAUGGAACAGUAACUAGUAAGGAAGAGAAAAACAAGGACAAAGUAGAUGCUGCUUUCAGUACCCAAAGAGAAGAGUUCUCCAGUUUCAACGCAGCAAUGAAGGCAAAUGCCAGUGAUUCGAAAGCAGAAGGAGCCAAAGCUGAUGGUAAAAAAGGCGACAAAAAUGAUGAUCAAAAAGACAAGAAGGAUGAAGAGGACAAAGAUGAUGAUGAUCUAGCAUUGGGGGCUGAAGCCUCAACCAUGAAGAAGAAAAAGCAAGGUGAUGAGGAUGAGGAAGAGGUGAAAGAGAUUGUAGUUGAAGACUGCUUACCUGAGGCUUUUUACCAACGGUGUGCAUGCUGGCAGAAAUUUGAUGACACAGCAUUUGGUAAAAAGUGGUACUUGUUCAGGAAAGUGAUGGCUACUGUUAUUGAGAACAAAAUAUUUGAAGGCAUCAUAUUGUUCCUUAUCGGUGUGAGCAGUCUAACACUGGCCUUUGAGGAUGUCUACUUGUAUACUAACCCAACUUUGGAGACAGCAUUGAACUGGCUAAACAUUAUCUUCGCAGUCCUGUUUUCGAUUGAGAUGUUAAUGAAAUGGGUUGGAAUGGGGUUUAAGAAAUACUUCACACAAUUCUGGACAUUGCUGGACUUUUGCAUCGUAGUGGUGUCUAUUGCUAGUUUAGCAGCCAAGGCGGCCGGAGUUGACAAUAUUUCUGCUUUCCGGUCCUUACGUACCCUCAGAGCUUUCAGACCACUCAGAGCAAUAUCUCGGUGGCAGGGUAUGAAGAUUGUGGUGAAUGCACUGAUGUUGGCCAUACCUGCUAUCUGUAAUGUACUCGUGGUGUGCAUGGUCUUCUGGCUUAUAUUCAGUAUCAUGGGCGUCCAGUUCUUCAGUGGAAAAUUUUUCAAGUGUAUUGAUGAAGAUGGUGCAAGACUGGAGUCUACUGUAACUGCCAAUAAAUCAGAGUGUUUAGCCAAAAAUUAUACCUGGCAAAAUUCGAAGAUCAACUUCGAUAAUGUUAUCAGUGGAUAUCUCGCUCUGUUUCAAGUUGCAACUUUUGAGGGAUGGAUGGAAGUGAUGAUUGAUGCUGUUGAUGCAACUGAUGUGGACGAACAACCAAGAUUUGAGGCUGGAUUGUACUAUUACCUGUACUUCGUGGCAUUCAUCAUUUUUGGAGCAUUCUUCACAUUGAAUCUGUUUAUUGGUGUCAUCAUUGAAAACUUUAAUGCUCUCAAGAAAAAGUAUGAAGGCAGUUAUUUGGAUAUGUUCCUCACUCAAGGCCAACGAAAUUAUAUGAACACACUGAAGAAACUAGCGAAUAAGAAGCCCCAGAAAACAGUCAAGAGACCAAAGAAUUCCUUCCAAGCAGUAUUUUAUGAUGUGUCUGUUAGCAGCAAGUUUGACUUGGCAAUUAUAGUGUUCAUAUUUCUGAACAUGAUUAUAAUGGCCGUGGACCACUACAAAAUGUCCGACCUGGUCACAGAUGUCCUGGAUAUCAUGAACAUAGUUUUCACUACAGUCUUCACUAUGGAGGCUGUGGUCAAAAUCAUUGGUCUGCGUCUGCAUUACUUCCGACAACCUUGGAACGUAUUUGACUUUGUGGUGGUGGUCCUCUCUUUAGGAGGUAUCAUACUGGACCAGGUUCUUGAUGGGCUUAUCGUUUCUCCAACGCUUCUCAGGGUUGUUCGUGUGUUUAGAAUUGGUCGGGUCCUGCGACUUAUCAAGGCAGCAAAGGGUAUACGAAAGCUUUUGUUUGCCCUCAUUAUAUCCCUGCCCGCUCUCCUCAACAUCGGAGCAUUAUUGUUCUUGGUCAUGUACAUCUUUGCCAUUAUCGGCAUGUCCUCCUUUGGGAAUGUGAAAAUUGAGUCUCCUCUUGAUGAUACAGUGAAUUUCCAGACGUUUGGUAAUAGUUUUGUGUUGCUGCUACGUUUGUCUACGUCAGCAGGAUGGAAUGAUAUUCUCGAGCCGUUGCUUAUAGAGCCACCGGAUUGCGAUCCCGAUUACAUCAUACGGUCAGAUGGAAGUAAAGUGGAAUCGAGCAAUGGUGACUGUGGGACUCCAUGGCUGGCUUACUUCUUUAUGGUAGCCUACAUUAUUGUGAUAUUUUUAAUUGUGAUAAACAUGUACAUUGCUGUGAUUCUGGAAAACUUUAAUCAGGCUCACGAACAGGAGGAAGUUGGUGUAACUGAAGAUGACUUUGAUGAGUUUUACGUGGUCUGGGAAAAGUUUGAUCCUCUAGCCACUCAAUACAUAAAGUAUGAACAGUUAUCAACCUUUGUGGCAGAUCUUGAUCCUCCACUUGGCAUACCUAAGCCAAAUGAGAUAGCUUUAGUGGCAUGUGAUUUACCAAUCAUGGAAGGGGACAAAAUUCAUUGUUUGGAUGUGCUCAUAGCACUAGUGAAAAACGUCCUAGGACGGGUGGAAGAAACAGAGGAAUUUAAAGAAUUGCGUGCUCAAAUGGAAGAGAAAUUUGAAGAAACUUUCCCAACACGUGUCAACAAUGGCAAAAUGUCUAGCACAAUGCAGAAAAAGAAGGAAGAUGUGGCUGCAAAAACAUUACAACGAGCAUGGCGUAGCUUCAAAACACAGAAACAGCUUCGCAACAUCACAAAAAUGGCCAUGGACAAAAGCAAGGAUGAUGAAGACAAAAAGUCCAAGGGUGGAGCACUUGCUGCGCUUGGCCAGCGCCUCUCUACAGCUCUUUCAAAUUUCUUCAGUGGUUCAUCUCGUCCUGGUAGUGCUGCUAGUGCACGUAGUGUAAAAAGUUCUGACCCUGACGCGGGCAAAACGAAAGUGAACACAAACACGCUACAGAUGCCAUCUGUUGGGGCUCUAUACAACAACCAGAAAGAUGAAAAUAAUAGAGAUGUAGAAUUGUGA